UUCUUUAAUACUAUAAGCUUUGAUCUGCAGUACCAUUCUUUAAGAACUCACUUCAUUACCCAUCCGUUUCAUUACACAACAAACUUAUGGUGAUAUACUAUUUUGAUGCGUGUAAUCUUUAAAUGUUAGAAUUAUUAUGGUAAAUGUCGCAUAUCAGUUUUUGAUGAGUCAUGACCGAUUUCCGUGGUGAGUCACGGGGUUGUUCUUCAAGAAUAGCCCUACAAAAUAUAAUAUUGAUAUAUCUGAGACUUAAUUUGACGAAUCGCCUACAAUGAAAACCGAGUUAGAAUGCGAGUUCCCUCCUAGAGUUGAGGAAGAUUUUACUCAUAUAAGACGAAAGCGUCUGACAACUGAUACAGGCCUUGUAUGUUUGGAAGAUUAUCCUUAUACUGUGUCUAUUAGAUUACACUCCAAGCAUUGGUGUGGCGGAGCAAUUGUUGGAAAACAAUGGAUAUUAUCAGCAGCCCAAUGUUUUGAUUAUGUCACUAGUGAAGAAGUUACAGUGCGUAUGGGGUCUGUAUUUAGAGACUUCGGAGGACGGAUCCUAUCUGUAGUGGAAAUCCAGCGGCACCCGAGCUACAAGUUGAACCAGUACUAUCCAGAUCAUAAUCUUGCUUUAAUCAAGGUAAACCUUCCAAUAGUUAAAAACGCGCGCACGCAACCAGUGGCCCUAGCGGUGGCUAACUCUGAUCUACCCCUGCUGUUCGGAGAAGUUGUUGUCACUGGAUACGGCUCUGUGAAGACAGGCCAAAUCCGCGAAGGUGUUAACCAGGAGCUUCGUCGGAUGUUAGUUAAAGAAUUCCCAAGGUCACAAUGCAGGGUUGUAUAUGGAAAUGACUACCACAUACAACAUGAUCAUAUGUGUUUACAGAGUGUCGUCAAAGGCAUUGCGCUAUGCGCGGGUGAUACCGGCGACCCCGCUGUGCAUUUUAGUGGAAUUAACCGAGGUGGUACGUUAUUUGGUAUAGCAUUAUUCUCCGGAACCGAAGAGUGCGCUUUGAAAUCAAAGCCAGGAGUGUAUGCCAAGGUUUCAUACAGUAGACAGUGGAUUGAUAAAGUUAUCAAUGAAACAGAGUACAAUGAGAGUGCAGACAGCGGAGAGAAUGCAAUACCUAUUGAUAUGUAACGGCCUUCCUUAUAAAAGUAUAGCGGGUGUUAAGUGAAACACUGAUUUCUCUCUUUCUGUCAUAAUUGAUUUGACAUACGAAAGAAGAAAACACAACAUUGUUAACUAAAAAUUUACAGAUAAAGCCGUAAAAUAAUUAAUUAAAGUGAAGUUAUUUUAACGCGUUUUCUUUAAAAAUUACUUUUCAGAUGAGUUUGUAAAUAAGUUCACCUAUCUAUGAGGUGGUUUCAAACAUUAGAAAAUAAGUAAAUACAUUUUAAUUCUUUCUUACAUAGUUGUUUUGAUUAAAACAAAUAU